UUGGUCCCGCAGUCAGGAUAUGAAUUGCGGGACCGGAACUCCGGAAGCCCCGGGGGAGUGUUCAGUCUGAAGAUCGCGCUGGUAUCCCCCUACGACUUCUCCUACAAGGGCGGGGUUGUGAGCCACGUCGUGUCCCUGGGCAACGAACUGUCUAGUCGCGGGCACAACGUAAAAAUCCUGGCGCCAUGUUCCGAUCCUGAGCAGGUCGAGACUGGCGAAGUCGAAUUGAUAUCGUUCGGCCGCUCCGGGCCGGUCCCGUCGGCCGGCUCGAUCUCCCGCAUAUCAUUCAGCGUGUGGCACAGGCCGCGCCUCAAGGCGACACUCGAAAAGGAGGCGUUCGACGUUGUCCAUUUGCACGAGCCGCUGAUGCCAAUGUUUGCGUUGAUGUGUUGCUUCCUGGCGAAAGCGCCCAAGGUUGGAACGUUUCACGCUUUCAACGAGGGCCGCGGCAGCGGUUACACGAUCUGGAAACCGGUGCUUGCCAAGGGGGCCAGCAGGUUGGCAGGCCGCAUAGCGGUGUCCGAACCCGCCCGGGACUUCGCGAAUCGGUACUUCCCCGGCGACUACAAGGUCAUUCCCAAUGGCAUCGACGUGGAACGGUUCGGCAAACCGUCGUCAUGGCCUGCCCUGAUGGACCCGGACAAAACGAACAUCUUGUUCGUGGGCAGAAUGGGCGAAAAGCGCAAGGGCCUGCGAUAUCUCCUUGGGGCAUACAGCACCCUGAAAUGGGAAUUCCCCGAUUUGCGUUUGGUUAUCGUUGGACCGGGCGAGCCUGACCCCACUUCAUACCUCACCAUGGGCGAACGUGCUAUAGAUGACGUGGUGUUUGCCGGUCCGGUUUCCGACGAUGAGUUACCCGGUUACUAUCAGGCCGCAGAUAUUUUUUGUAGCCCCGCGACCGGCAAAGAGAGCUUCGGCUACGUCGUAGUAGAGGCCAUGGCCGCAGGCACGCCGGUGGUCGCGACUUCGAUCCCGGGUUUCCUUGGGGUUAUGCGGGAUGGCGAACAGGGAUUCCUGGUAGAACCCAAGUCCGAGGAGUCUAUUGCCGCCGCCCUGCGCAUCUUGAUCCUGGACCGAACCCUCAGGCAUCGGCUCGGGGCUGCCGGCCGGAAUUCGGCGCAACAAUACCGUUGGGACCGUCUCGCCGAGUCCGUUGUCGACUGCUACCGCGCCGCGAUUCAACAAACUCCGGCCGCGGUCGGCGCGAUCUGA